CAUCACUUUGUCCCUGGAACUGAAAGCACUUUUCCAUGGAUUUAUAUGAAGCAACGAGGAUAAUGCUGUCAAGGAUCCAAAGCUUAGACCCUGAAAACGCUUCGAAAAUCAUGGGUUAUCUUCUUAUCCAAGACCAUGGUGAGAAGGAAAUGAUCCGUUUAGCCUUUGGACCCGAAGCUCACAUCCACUCUUUAAUCCUCGAAGCCAAAACCCGCUUGGGUCUCUCCACUUCCAACCCACCAACACCUUCCACUCCCCAUUCUCCUCUUUUCUCCUCCAAGCCAACCCCUUUAUCCAUCCCUUCUUCUCCAUCCACCACCUCCUGGUCGACCUCAAUCCCAAAUUCCAAUCUUUCGUAUUCCAGUGUUGUCAAUCGAAGCAGCGCCAUUGCAAAUGGCGAUGACAAUGAAUUCAUCGACAAUUACCAGUUCCACGACCAUCUUUCGUUUCUCAACGACUCGAAACCCGAAGAUUUGUUCAGCCCUCGGCUUGACUUGGCAAUGCCCGAUUCUCUUUUACACAGGAGGAGUUUUUCUGUUACCGGUCUGUGUUUUGGUGCUGCCGAUGAUGUCAACUCCGGGAUUGGAUGGAAACCUUGUUUGUACUUCGCGAGAGGCUUCUGUAAGAACGGUACUAGCUGUAGGUUUCUUCAUGAAGAUUGUGUCGACGGAGGAGCUGCUCUCGUUGGUUCUCCGAGUAAGUUCAACGAGUUGGAGCAGUACCAGGAGCUACUUAGAUCAAAAUCUUUUCAACAACAGCAACAAAAUCUUGCUUCAGCUUCUCAGUUCAUGUCCGGGACUUCUUUCCCAUACGGCAAGGAUCUUAAUCUCCUUCUCCAACAACAGAACGACAAUCAUAAUAGCUACGGCAGAUCAGCCAUGGCUGCUUUAAUGAUGGGUGAUGAGCUUCAUAAGUUAGGGCGGUGCCGGCCUGAAAGAAACGAUUAUUCGGCGAUGGGUUUAGGAGCAGCAGCUAAUCCGUGUUCUAGACAGAUUUAUUUGACCUUCCCAGCUGACAGUUCUUUCAAAGAAGAAGAUGUUUCAAAUUAUUUUAGCAUUUAUGGACCAGUACAAGAUGUGAGGAUUCCUUACCAGCAAAAGAGGAUGUUUGGUUUUGUUACAUUUGUAUAUCCAGAGACAGUGAGGCUCAUUUUAGCUAAAGGGAACCCUCAUUUCAUCUGCGAUUCUCGGGUGCUUGUUAAACCAUACAAGGAGAAAGGGAAAGUUCAAGAGAAGAAGCAAUUGGAACGAGGAGAGUAUUCGGCCUGCUCGAGUCCGUCUGCAAUUGAUUCUAGGGAGCCAUUCGAUCUCCAUCUCGGAUCGAAAAUGUUUUACAAUACUCCAGAGAUGCUGAUGAGAAGGAAACUGGAGGAGCAGGCUGAUUUGCAGCAAGCCAUUGAGCUUCAAGGAAGAAGGCUAAUGAACUUGCAGCUGCUGGACUUGAAGAACCAGCACCAAUCUCCGUUCCGUCACGAUUUGUCCACCGGAUCCCCCAUUCCUUCACCGACUGUACCCCGUACUCCCAACAAUCACGCACUUAUUUUUCCUGCUGAUGGCAUCAAUCAAGAAGUCCCUGAAGAGAAAGGUGGUUGCGCGAUCUCAGCUGUUUCCAAGUUGGCUGCUGCUACGAAAGAUGAUAAGCAGAUGGAGGAUAUUAAUGCAGUUUGUAAUUAUAAAAAUGACAGUGGUAAUAGUAACACUAAGGCGAAGGCCAAUACCGAAGAAAGUGAUCUCCCUGAUUGCUUGGAGCUUGUUCUCCCCGAUAACCUAUUCACUUCUCCGAAGAAAUCAGCUGGUGAUCACCUCGCCGUCUUCUCCACCUCAUCUGCAGUGGAUGUAGAAGCUGACAACAAAACCGGAACUCCGACUACUUCAUGUUCUAAUGGUAAUGCCUCCGGCCUCAACAUGGCUUCCCUUAAAACAUAUCUUCUACAAAUGCCAAGGUUUUCAUCUGGGCAAGGAACCGUCGGCAUGUAGCUAGCCAACAAUGGAGGAAAAUCGACUUUGCCAGGAAUCAGUGACAAUUAUGCAUACACAUGGAAGAUUAAACCAAAAGCAAAGGCGUAUAGCCAAAAAACCAUACAAGCAAGGAAAAAAGAUCUGUAAGACAAGAUCAUCGAAAGAUCACCAUCAUCAUCAAUACAAUACUAUUUACAGUCAAAAUACAUAAUAAAUAUAUAUGUAUAGGUAAAGGACAGAGGAACUGUUAUGCAGUGGGGUCUUUGGCCUUUCCUUACUGGUGACGCUCUAAUUGCUGGACCACAUAACAAAUUGUGUGGAAACAAACAAAGGAUAUUAGUAGUGGCGGUAACUAAUAUGCUCCUUUUUUUUAUUUUAUAUUGUAAUUUAUUUUUUACUCUUUUCCUUUUACUUUUUCCACCUCUU